CUUGUCCACAUUCCCACUUGAAUCCGCUGCUCCUCUUAUCGCUUCAUUCCUCUGAGGACUCGGGAGGAGCGUCAGCCCGCAACCCCGACCCAACUCUAUUUUCUCUUUUAAGGUGCAGUAAUUAGUCAUUCGCUCUGAGCUCGGGCUGAAGAACAAUGUGAUUCUGGCUCAUGGGGAUUUAGUGUCGUGACACGCUUUCGGGACCCGGCGUCUCCACAAGGAAAUGGGACUCUCUGCAUUUAUGGUUACAUGAAUGUCAGCGCUGCAGGCCAGAUGCCGGUGAUGGAGGAGCUUGUCAGUGAGAGCAUGCUAAAGCAGAUGGCCCUGAUCUGCUUCCUGUCUCUGGUCAUGCUGAUGAGCAUCCUGGGAAACCUGCUGGUCAUGGUGGCCGUCUGCAAGGACAGACAACUCAGGAAAAUCAAGACUAACUACUUUAUCGUGUCUCUGGCGUUUGCUGACUUGCUGGUGUCGGUCCUUGUAAUGCCGUUUGGUGCCAUCGAGCUGGUCCACCAGCACUGGAUCUACGGUGAGACCUUCUGCCUGGUCCGGACCUCGCUGGACGUCCUGCUGACCACCGCGUCCAUACUGCACCUGUGCUGCAUCGCCCUGGACAGGUACUACGCUAUCUGCUGCCAGCCUCUGGUCUACCGGAACAAAAUGACCCCCAUGCGCGUGGCUCUGAUGAUCGGCGGCUGCUGGGUUAUUCCCACCUUCAUCUCUUUCCUGCCCAUCAUGCAGGGGUGGAACAGCAUUGGCAUCAACCACCUGAUUGAGGAGAGGCGCCACAGCGAGGGCAGCAAUUCCACAUCCUGUGUCUUCAUGGUCAACAAGCCAUACGCCCUCACCUGCUCAGUGGUGGCCUUCUACAUCCCUCUAAUCCUCAUGGUGCUGGCCUACCAGAGGAUCUACAUCACAGCCCGUGCACACGCCCUGCAGAUCAGCAUGCUGCAGCGGGCAGGGGGAGCCGGUGCAUCGGACUCUGCUGACCAUCAACGCAACCAUCGUAUGCGAACAGAAACUAAGGCAGCAAAGACUCUGUGCAUCAUUAUGGGGUGUUUCUGCCUCUGCUGGGCGCCGUUCUUCGUUACCAAUGUGGUGGACCCCUUUAUAGACUACACAGUGCCGGACAAGCUGUGGGUGGCCUGCCUGUGGCUGGGCUACAUCAACUCCAUGCUGAACCCCAUCCUCUACGCUUUCCUCAACAAGUCCUUCCGCCGUGCCUUCCUCAUCAUCCUGUGCUGUGGGAGGAAGAGGUACCGCAGGCCGUCCAUCCUGGGGUCCGGAGCUCCCUGCACAGCCACGCAGAUCAACGGCUCCACACAUGUACUCAAGUAUUCUGUCCUUCACAACGGGAACCAUGCGGAGCAAGAGAAAAAGUCUCUGCACACUGACACAGAGUCCCACGAGUCCUGCUUGUGACCAGUCACAUCUCCAAUGACCUCGGCUCUCACACUGUCACCACAGAGUCAAUGGACACACACCGCAGCCUCCACACAUCCGGAGCUGAAAUCUAACGCAGAUGCUACGAAUCCAGCAGAGCUCCAGAAACCAGAGCUCCGAUGGGACUUCCAGGAGAGAAAUAUGACAAUGCGAGAGGUGCAUCUGGUUUUAAAGUUCAGCCAAAACCCAACCCAUGGUCUUUAAAGGUGACAGGGACCUAGUGGACUGGAACCAAACCAGUUCUGUCUUUCUGUAAUGUUGGUUCUCCCAUCUGCAGGCCCACAGAGACUGAGCUGUCCCAGUCGAACUGAAUCACAGCCUAAAUGCAACUGUGAUCCCAUCAGCAGGCCCGCUGGUAGCUAUCUGUGCAGUUCAGCUUGUCUUGUGGAGAACCGGCAGCUUCAGUGGAAUGUGUAGGAGAAUUUCACAGCAUGAGAUGUGAUUAAGGACUGGGAGUCGUGGAAGUGAAUUGUGUUGCCAAAGCUAUUUGAUAUUAUAUACAGAGGACCUAUUUCUGAUUAUAAUAUGAUGCUCCCUGUUGUUUUCCAGUAGAAAGUCAGAAAGACUGACAAUAGAUUUUAGAAGGUUGUUCCUUAUAAAACAAGCAUAAGCUGGCAAAUGAGCUUUUAAAACAAGUGUUAUUCAUUAAAAGAGGCAGAGCUGAGAACAAUAUUUCUUUUUCUGAACAUCACAUGUUAAACAUCACAUGUCUUACCCUCAGACACAAAGCUGAAGAACCUGUAUGUGUCCCAGGCCGAAGCUUUCCAGCUUUGCUAAAUCCUUUCAAAGCUGAAAGGAAAAUGUGGCUGCAAGGCUGCGUUAAAUCCUUGACCUAAACUGUUGAAGUGCAUUAUUAUAGAAGCUGCUAGCUCACACUCCAUCUUCAUCACUUUAUGAGGCUCCGUCUGAAUCAUUGUUUUCCACACAAUAAGAAGUUAGAGGACCACAGCGCAUAAAAGCUACUCAUGAAUAAUUUAACAGGCAAUGUGAUGAUGUCGGAGCAAUAUGUGCAUGGUUAUGGUGUGUAAGGGUGUUUGUGUGUGUGUGUGUGUGUAGGGGUGUGUGUGUGUGUGUAGGUGUGUGUGUGUGUAGGUGGUGUGUGUGUGUGUGUGUGACUACAUUUACAGGCUUUUGCAGUCUCUGUAUGUGUUUCCAUGGUGAUGCAUGCUUUCAUGCAAGUGUGUCUCUGAGUGCAUAUGAACAUGUCCCCAUGUGUGAUGUUAGUACGUAUGAAACACCCUUUCCCAUCAUCCUACACUGUGCCGCCAUCUCAGCACACCAUUUAUUCUCUCCGUCCCUGCUCACCUUGGAGCCCAUCCUAAAGAAUGUAUCGGAAAUGUUUCCAUUUGUUUAUAUUCAUGGAAACUGAGAACACUAAAGCCAGCUGUUUACCUUUACCCAUAAUCCAACUCACUGAUAGUUCAUUUCCUGUCAUUUCCCUCGCAGACUGUCCUCUCUGUGUCCUACAGUGGCUGUGGCUUACAGAGUAAAAUUGUAUUCAAAAGGCCACUCACCAGCCAUUUCGGUGCUCUUUUACGCCAUCUUGUUGCUGCUUCUUUUGAUUUUCUGACUGGACAACUGGCAAAACCUACUGAUGAACCAACUCCUAAUGGAUGGAAACAAGCAUUCAUUCACAUUUUCUAUUAUUGAUUGAAAUUCGGUUAAGAUUUGUGAUAUCUUUGUGUGCUGGAUGUGCAAAUACACUACUGAUUGCUAAUAAAUUAGCCAUCAAUUUAUAAACAAUAUGUCAGGGCUGUGUCUGUCAAGCGUAUUGUGGUGCCCCCAAGUGGUAAAAAAUUAUUAAGGCUAAUCCAAGGCUGGACCCAGUUUAACAAGUUCAGAGGACACAUCAACUCUGUCAUUGCGGUAACAAGCAGCUAGUUGUCUUUUUGUCUUUGAUUGGUUGUGAUUAGUACUUUUUGCAAACCAAAUUAAGUAGGCAUGCUACUCUGGAUUCUCACCUAGCCAGGAGCAAGUGAAAGGGGGAUCAGUUGGUUCAGUCAGACCUUAUGUACACUUAACAAUAAGUGAGUCACUUAUGUCUUGUAUGUUGAUGUUGGUACGUUAACAUAUAAGACAUGUGACAUACAUUCCGAAGCAACUGUUUAUCAUGCUGAAGUGUCCUUGAGCAAGAGUUUGUAGUUUGGUUCGUCAUGACACUGUGGUCAGCUUGGAUUAUGUCAGCUACAAUGGAUUGAAAUGAUGAUUCACACUGUCUAUGUGCAUCAAAACGUCAACAGAAAUUUCUCAAACCAUUCCGGGGGCAUAAUCCAGUCCUCUGCUGUCCAUCUGUAUGCUCAGUAUGUUUCAAAUAGUCAAUUUUAGUUUUUUUAAAGCAUACUAAUGGUGUGUUUGACACUGGAGGAUCACUUUAAAGCUCAUGGGGAUUCAGUGUUUUACUCAAGGACACUUGAGGACACAUCUUACAUGUACCUUGGCUAGUGGUCAGAGUUCUGGUAGUCUGACAUCCCACCACCUUUAUUAACACCAGUUAAUAAAAACACACCAAGAAAUGGCUGCUUAUGAUCCCACCAGGAGUCAGUCCAUGCGGUUACACUCAACUUUCCAAGUAUGAAAAACGGUUAGCUAUCAGAUGUCAAUAUCUUUACCCUUCAACCUUUAAUCCCUUGCAAUUUCAAGAAGUUUCCUGUAGGUUGGUAAGAUGAUGAUCUUUACCUCAGUGCUCUUGGAACAGGACUAAAACUUGUUUCAACGACUUGUUACUAAACACUAAAUUCACUAAAAAGGAAUGUUUAAAGGCCAUGUAGACAUCAGCGAAGACAACCAGAAGACUGUAUCUUAAUAUACAGCAACAAUUCAUUUAUGAAAAAAGUUCUUAUACAGAGUUUACUACAUGUAUGCUGAAUUUUUGGGGCUGUUUUAUUAUUGAAUUUUCUGCAGUGCAAAGACAUUUUUCAGCACCAGACAAUAGACGAACGAUGGAUUAUGUUUCCUUCAUUGAUGAACACAUAUAUACAUUUCUUUGUUCUUGUGUUUUUUUUCCCCAAAAAAUUGACUCCUUCAAACUGUAACUUCUUCGAUAGCUGAAGCACAAGCACUUUUUGUGAUUUAAGGAAGGAUCAGUUUAUAUUUUAGUUUAGUAAGUUUUUUUGAGGCAAGUUGAUAAUCCCCCCCAAACAACCUGUGGAUGUUCGUGCAUUUAAAUAUUAUUUAUUGUCCAAUAUAUGUCUAGUGUUCUGAAGAUAAUUAUGAUCUAGAUUACCUAUUUUAAUAUUAAACUCUGACUGUGCAAACUAUGCAUUAGAACCAGUUGCCUGUCAAUUUGUUCCCCCUUUGCAAAUCCUCACUUGUCAAUGUUCAGUUUUAUAAAAAUCUGUAAUGGCAUUCCUUUUUCUUAGAAAAUAAAAAUAAUGAUUUUUCAUAUUAAAUUAAAAAGCUCAAAAUUGUGCAUAUUAUUUAUCAGUUAACUGAAUGAAAGACAUAGUUAUUCAAUAGAUAUUUUCACUGAAAGUGUCUAAUAAAAUGUUUUGCUCCCAGGAAAAUUGGCCUUAACUUCCUGCUGAUUUUGGAUUUCCAACAUUGUGGAAGUCAGUGAAAGUUGGUAAUGAGGCCCAUUUAUUAUUAUUAUUUUUACUGUUUUUUUUAAUUAGAACAAUUGAAGACAAACUUAGAUUGUACAUUUUUCUUUGGAGUUUUGUUUUCUACCAUCGUAAAUGUUCACAAUGGUGCACUUUUCUGAAAUAGCAUCCCAGUGAUCGACUUGUGUCCUUGCUCUGUCUUCAUUAACAUGACCUCUCACUGCAGAGCGAGACCACAAAAGGCUGAGAACAAAGCCUGCAGAAUAUAAACUAAAUGAGACACAGUUCCACAGAGACCUUUUUGGUCCUAAGAGGUUGCAAAAUUCUGCAUUUUUUUUGUAAGCAAUUACAUUCCUGUUUCCAGCAUCUUUAAACCCACAAUUUUCUUUCAAACAAAUGUCUGUUUAUUGAUUUUGCACAAGUAUAAAAUGAGACAGACUUUGUGGCUUGAGUGUCAGGCAUUUUUAGUUUUUUUUUAUAUUCAGCCUAUUUUUUCUUUACUUUGGUGUUCAAUAGCCGCCCCCUUCCACGGCUGCAGUUUCCAUGACAUCUGUGGAAGCUUAAUGUCAGGCGGUGUGUGUGUCCAUUCUAGUGUGGAGAUGUUUGUGUGUGUGUGUACAUGUGUGUGUGCCGCGUGGGAAGCUCCUCAACAGUCUAAAAUUAGGGAACUCAAGCUCACCUACCUUCAUGAAAUUUAAUGAGCCAAAAAGUGUAAGGAAGGCCAUUUUUGGAGAUGUACCAAACACAUCACGAGAUAUAAAAAAAAUCAAUCUGAGCACGCUCUAGUUCUCCAGUUUGGAGCCGUCUGAGAGAUUCAAGGGGUCAUAGUUAUUUCAGGUAGAAGGGGGAGCAUGAAGAAAACCCUGCUGCUCAAAUGGAACUACUUUCAAGUCAGAAAUCUAUUUACUACUUCAAAGAAGCAGUUAGAGCAUUCGUCUGCCUGUGAAUAAAUUUGGAUUCAUGUUUUGUAAAAAUCCAUCCCCAGAACUCCUAGGUUCAUUCGUGUUAGGUGAGCCUUAUGUUUCCAUGUGAUCAUGAAUACACAAAGUCAGUGCUGAAAACACAGGCAGAGUGAGCUCAGAGUGCUGGAGGUGAGCUGUGGUCAACCUGAAUUCUUUGCCAGUGUUCCUCAGAGAGACACAAGCUGUCUUAUAUUAAUAAGGUGCACUACAAUAAGGUGACUUUGGGAAGCCUGUCCAAUGUACAACGAUAACCUCUGGAUGGUUUGGAGCCAGAAAGCAGCACUGCCACUGAUAUAUGAAUUAAAUACAGUAUCCUAACUGCUACAACCCCACAGGACUCAGUUCCUUCAACAUGAAGCUGACAUGGUGAUUGGUGAGGGUUGCAUUGUUAGAUCAGAUAAUGGAAGAUUUAAUUCCAUUAAGAAUCCAUUCUCUACCUUGAGCAGAGUCUGUAGCCUUUAAAAGCCUUUUGUCUCCUCAAUAUCCCAUGAUACAUGACCAAUUCAUUCCAAAAUAAAAAAUAAAAAUGUUUGGAGAAGAAACUAAUGAUGUAGUUGAUGGUUCAAUAUUUCUUCAAAUACAGAAACAGAGUCAAAGAGUUCAUCCAGAAUAAUCACCAACUCUCUGGUUUCAUUCAGUUUUGCACAUGUGACUUUUUUUCCAAUGCUGGAUUCUACACUUCAUGUAACCUCACAGGUAAUAUUUAGUACUGAAGUUCUCAAACAGCCUCUUUGCCUUCUUUAUUUGCAUAAUGGAAAUGUCCCUUGAACAUAUUUUUAACAUCUUACCUGCCUUCUUAAAUGUCAGAUGCAGCCACUGUCUGAGUCUUACUUUGUAACUCAAUUUUUGCUGAUUCAGACAAAGAAUUUAGCCAAAUUUCCAGCUGUCAGAGGUUUCAAUGAGAUCUGUAAAUUGAGAGGUUGCUGCUUGGAUGUACAGGAUACAAGACUAAUUCAGCAUUAAGGAAAGAGUUACACCAAUAUAAAUGUGGUGCAAAAAGAAGGAUUUUGACAGUGGCUGCCAUUUGUGCAACUGAGUUGUAUUCCCUGUCACUCCUGCUCUGUAUCCCUUCCAUCUCUUUUUUAAUUUAUUCAUUUAUGUUUGCAGCUUACAGCUUACAGCAUGAAUGUGUAUAUAAAGAGAAAAAAACUCCCAUAAACUGUCCAAAGGAGACGGGGAAAAAAACAACUUUUAUAAAACUCUUCAGUAUUUAUUUUGACAGAACAAAAUGGGUAUUUUCAUGUAUUAAAAGAACAUAAAAGGCUUCUCUUUCUGGGAGCUGAAAUGUGUAUGACUUUUUUCUGUUGCUAUGUGACAGUUCAGAUAAAGGCUAA